AUGAGCAAAUUGUAUUGUAACCAGUUUUCGCAAUUUUUGCCCAUAUUCACCGAACUUGAAGAUCUUCGUUCGACUUGUAUCGCCAACUGUGUCUUUAACGUUUUUCUUACUUACACCGCCUUCAUGUUCAAUAUUGUGGCAUUCUACGCCAUACAAAAAGCUUCAACGAUGCCAAAAACUUUGAAAACUCUGCUGUUGAGUCUUGCCUGCUCGGAUGUUGCUGUUGGUUUAUUUAGUCAACCACUAUACACUUUCUUUCUCAUCAACUGGCUUCGACUACACAAUCCUGGCUGUAACACUCAACAAGUGCGGACGAUCUUCAGUGGUAUAUUUUUAGCUGCCUCGUUCCUUGGUGUUGUGGCUGUAAGUAUAGACAGGUUCUUAGCCGUUCAUCUUCAUCUCAGAUACCAGGAGCUUGUGACUCCCAUGCGUGUUGUUGUUUUGCUGAUCAGCUUAUGGCUGUACAGUGCAUUUGUUAAUUUGAUGAAAUUGUGGGGGCAUUUUAAUGCUCAGGAUCUUAUAAGUGCAAUUACGGCUGCUGUCGGUUUUAUCAUCACCCUCAUGGUGUACAUCAGGAUAUAUUUAACUGUACAACGACACAAGAAUCAGAUUCAGUCCAUGCAAAUACGGAACGAAGCUCAGUCUGAGGAGAUAAAAAACUUUACUCUCCUCACUAGAUCCAUAGUUAGCAUAUUCUACGUAUAUCUCGUGUUUUUAAUUUGUUAUUUGCCCUAUUUCAUUUGCAUGGCUGUUAUUCGAAUCUAUGGCUCGAGUAUCGUUUUAAAAAAAUUGUAUCUUUUCUCAUUGACUCUCAUGUAUCUCAAUUCAUCUUUGAACCCUAUAAUUUACUACUGGAAGAUGAGACACAUUCGACACGCUAUCAUAGACAUACUACGAAAGAUGUCUUGGGUGAGCAAUCGGCCAUUUCGGAUCCACUACAAUCGGUCAUCAGAUGUCGUCCAUAUUGGUAACUGA